GAAAGCUUGUAUUGGCUGAAGAGGCGGCAAUUGGUGACAUCGGGUUUGGGACAUACUUGGCAUACAUUCGUGCUGCAGGGGGCUGGUUGGUGGCUUUCCUUGUGAUUUUGUCAUUCUUUAUAUCAGCUGGGUCACUCGUAUUUAGUGAUUGGUGGCUAAGUCAAUGGAUAACAUCACUUACAAGUAGCUCUGGCAAUGAAAGUGGCAUAGCAAGUGAUAAUACCACGUUAAUGACAUCAACAGAUGUUUCAACAUCUUCCAUAUUAUUGUCUAACGCUAACAAAAGUGAAUACCCAGCAGACAUGUCAAGCGAUCCGAUCAGUUAUGACACUUACUUUACUGUAUAUAUUGCCUCCUUGGCCGGCAUCAUAUUUCUACAGCUCUUCAAAAGUUUCAUCGCAGCAAAGACGGCUAUAACGGCGUCAAAUAAACUUCAUGAAAUAUGUCUGGACAAAGUGGUUAAAGCUCCAAUGUCCUUUUUUGAUUCCAACCCAGUCGGUAGAAUUCUAAAUCGGUUCUCUAAAGAUCUUGACGAAGGUGAUGUAUUCAUACCACAAUUUACCAACACGUUACUACAGAUACUUUCAUUAGUUAUACUAUCUGUUGCAAUGGCAGCCUAUAUAAUACCAUGGAUUUUGAUAGCUAUUGUACCUGUGGUCAUUGUAUUUUAUAUCAUGAAACAAAUAUCGACGGUAUCAGUACGACAGUUGAAACGGUUAGAAAAUAUCUCAAGAUCACCUCUUAUAAGUCACGUUAAUGUGACGUCACAGGGAUUAUCAACGAUCGUUGCCUACCGACAACAAGAACGUUUCUUUGACAGGUGUACUGGAGUAGGCGAUGUUGCUUCUAUGUCCAUAUUCUUAUUUGAGGCGAGCAUGAGAUGGAUCGGACUCCGGCUUGACAUCAUGGCAGCUAUGGUAACUGUAUCUACCAGCCUUAUAUUUAUGGUCACAAAGGGGAUGAUUCCUCCAGCAUCUGCAGGUCUUGUUCUCGGGUUAUGUGGAAAGACAGUGAGUAUCAUCCAAUUUUUGGUUCGUAUGAUGAAUGAGACAGAGGCCAGGUUUACGUCAAUAGAAAGACUUCAUGAAUACAAUACUUCUCUAAUAUCGGAACCACAAAGUGCCGAGAAGAUACCAGAUAAAGAAUGGCCAAGUAAGGGUUCUGUAUCGUUUAAAGAUGUCAUCAUGAAGUAUCGACCUGAUAUGAAUCCGGUCUUGCGCAGUGUCAGUUUCGAUAUAAAACCGAAGGAGAAAGUCGGUAUCGUUGGUCGCACUGGUGCAGGGAAAUCGUCUUUAGCUGCCGCAUUAUUUCGCCUUGUCGAGGUCGGAGGUGGUAGUAUUUGUAUUGAUGGGGAGGAUAUAUCAAAACUUCAUCUAAGCAUUAUACGAUCUAAAAUAUCCACAAUAACUCAGGAACCAGUUCUUUUUGCUGGAACCAUUAGGUACAACAUUGAUCCAUUUUCUAAAUACUCAGACGACAGUAUUUGGGAAGCACUAGACAAAGUACACAUUAAAGAAAAGAUUUUACAGUUUGAUGAAGGGUUGGAAGUAAUGGUUGACGAGAAUGGAGAAAAUUUCUCAGUUGGCGAACGUCAGUUAAUUUGUUUAGCUCGAGCGGUUAUGCGUAGUAGUAAGAUUCUGCUUCUAGAUGAAGCUACAGCCAACAUUGACACAUCUACAGAUGCAAUGAUACAAGAAACUAUCCGAGAAUGUUUCUCAGAUUGUACGGUUAUAACUAUAGCACAUCGGCUCAAUACGGUGUUACACAGCGACAAAAUUAUAGUUCUUGAUUCAGGACAAGUAAUGGAAUGUGCAUCACCGCAAGACUUGCUUACUAAUACAAACUCGUUUUUUAACGCUAUGAUAGCCGCCCAGUCAGUAAAAACGCCUUCACCAUAGUUACUAUCUACAGUUUCAUCAACAAAUUUGUGUUGCCAAGUUGUGUUUAUCUAAAACAAUUAAGCAAACAAAAACAAAUUGUGGUAUUUGUAAAUGUAAAUGUACAACUGAGAAAUAUUCAAGUAUCUGCUAUAUUAGUUUAGUUAGAGAUAUAGAAAAUAAAUUAUUUGAACUCAA